UGGUAUUUGCCCAUAAGUCUGAAAUUAAUUAUAAACAGUUUAGUUGGUGCCUCGCAUCAAUUGUCAGCUGUUUUGGCGUGUUUAGACCUAACAAAAAGUGUUGGCAUUUGUCAAAAUCGAAUUAAAAAGGGAAAUAAUUGAAAUAUUAUUCUGAAAUAAUUAAUGAAAAUGUCAUCUGACCACGAGAUAAUUGAUUAUUUUUUAAGUAUUAAUGAUACAGUAUGCAGGCUUGAAACUGUACAGAAUGACGCAAACCAACUUGAAAGAAUCCAUCGUCAUCUUGGAGAUCAUCUUCAGUUAAUUUUUGUAAUUCUAAAUACCCUUCACUCAUUGUCUAGUGAAAAUCAAGCCUUUUCCAUUCUGAGCCAGUUACAUAAUGUGUUAAGAUCUGUUUAUGAUCAAACAGAGGAAAGAAUAUUGUGGUUAGAAAGAAAUGAAGAUGUUUUCAUUCAAGAGCCUUCAGAAAAUCAAGGAAGAUUAAUAAUUAGUCAUUUCUUUUCUGGUAGGCCAGGAAGACCAAGGUAUCAGAUACCCAGGAAUCUUUUGGAAAACCUAAUUGAUUUAGGAUUUUCUUGGAUUUCUAUUGCAAGACUCUUCUGUAUUGGCACACGGACAUUAUAUCGUCAUCGACAAAGAAUGGGACUCCUUGCAAACUCCAGGUUCAGCAACAUCUCUGAUUCUGAGCUUGAUACUUUAAUUCUAGAAGUUAGGCAUUCAACACCUUACAUAGGUGAAAGAUACAUUUCUGGCAGCCUGCGUUCACGUAACAUUCGAGUGCAACGAUGGAGAAUAAGAGAAAGACUUCACAUAAUUGAUCCUGUUGGAACUAUAAUUCGAAGAAGGUAUGCAAUUCAAAGAAGAGUAUAUAGUGUUCCUGGACCAAAUUAUCUUUGGCACAUAGACAGCAACCAUAAACUAAUCCCAUGGAGGUUUGUUUUUCAUGGAUGUGUAGAUGGUUAUAGUCGUACAAUUGUGUACAUUGAGGCUUCGAACAACAAUUCUGCAUCAACAGUACUUACCUUUUUUCAAGAAGGCGUGAGGAAUUUUGGAUUACCUUUAAGGGUUCGAGGAGAUGCAGGUUCUGAGAAUGUGCUGGUGGCAAGAUAUAUGAUCAGCGAAAGAGGACAUGUUGGAAGUUUUAUUGUUGGACGCAGUGUGCAUAAUCAAAGGAUUGAGCGUCUUUGGGCAGAAUUGAAUAGAGCAGUGACCUCAUAUUUUAAAGGUAUAUUUCUAUUUAUGGAAGAAAAUCUUGUUCUUGACAGCAACUCAGAAGUUGAUAUGUAUUGUUUACACUACAUAUAUAUGCCUCGAAUUAAAGUUGCUGUGAAUGAAUUUGUUAAUCAGUGGAACAACCAUAGUUUAAGCACAGAGAAUAAUUUUUCACCACUUCAGUUGUGGACUGCAGGUUUCUUGUCUGCAGGUGACAGAGUGAACAGCUUAGGAUUUGUCACUUGUGACUCAUUUCCACAUAAUUCUUCACCUGAAAGGGAACGCAUUCCAGAAAAUAUUUUCACUGUAUCUACCGAACAGCUAGAACACUUGCACCAAAUGGUUAACCCCCUCCAUGAUGAUCAUAAUCAUGGAAUUAAUCAUUUCUUGACUAUUAAAGAAUACCUAGGGUCCAUUUUUGUUUUGAGUUAAGGUAGUUAAUAUUUACUUUUUCAUUGUCACUUACAAAUGUAACAUCCUCAAACACAAAAACUUUUAUUAUCCUACCUCCUUGCUCUUGUAUUUUUGCAGAAAUAUAUUAAUAAAUGGG